GGCAAGGGCUCGCGCACACCUUUUCAAAGAAGUUUCCUUUGUGCGCGCGCUUACGUGCGCGUUUUUGACGUGUGGGGAGUUCUAUUCCUUCUUGUCUUCGGUGAUGUUCGGUGUUCCAUUCCGGCCCUCUUCUCCCCUCCCUCCGGCCUUCUUCUUUAUGGCGCAUGCUCCGCAAUGUACCUUACGUGACAGUCCCUCUCAGCGCUGCGCGCCCUUGCCGUUUGUCCGCUCUUAAGGAAGGAGGGGGGAGGAGGAGGAGAAAGAGGAAGGAGCGGCGGCGGCGGCUGCACGCCCACUGUGGGAGCUUAGUGCGCGCUCCUCGCGCUCGCCCAAUAUGGGGACCUAGCACGCGCGCUGUUGUUAUUGGUGCUGCCUACCGACUGGCUGGCUGCUGGCUGGCUGGGCUGGCGGCGGCGGCUGUUGGUUGGGGCUCUGGCUGGGGGGGAGGGGGUUCGCAAGAGAGGAGCACAGGGUGGCUUAGCCAGCCAGCCAGUCAAGAGAGUGAGUGAGUUCUUUAAAGAUGGCCGGGGCGGCGGCGGCAGCUACGGUAACAACCGCGACCCCCUUGUAUUGCGUGUGCCGGGAGCCUUACGAUGUGAGCCGCUUCAUGAUCGAGUGCGACAUAUGCAAGGACUGGUUCCAUGGCAGUUGUGUCAGAGUAGAAGAGCACCAUGCUGUUGACAUUGACCUGUACCACUGUCCCAAUUGUGCAGUUCUUCAUGGACCCUCUUUAAUGAAGAAGAGAAGGAAUUGGCACAGGCAUGACUAUACAGAAUUUGAUGAUGGUUCCAAGCCAGUUCAAGCUGGAACAAGGACGUUUGUUAAGCAGCUACGUGCUUGUUCAUUCCCAAGCGCUGAUGAAGUCAUUUUGAAAAUGCAUGGCAGCCAGUUAACACAAAGAUACCUGGAGAAGCAUGGGUUUGAUGUUCCCAUUAUGGUUCCUAAAUUAGAUGGCCUAGGUCUCAGACUUCCUCCCUCUACUUUCUCUAUUCUGGAUGUGGAACGAUACGUAGGUGGUGAUAAAGUGAUAGAUGUUAUUGAUGUGGCAAGACAAGCAGACAGUAAAAUGAAGCUCCAUAAUUAUGUCAAGUAUUUCACAAAUCCUGACAGACCAAAAGUAUUAAAUGUGAUCAGCCUUGAAUUCUCAGACACAAAGAUGUCUGAAUUGGUGGAAGUCCCUGAAAUUGCCAGAAAACUUUCAUGGGUUGAAAACUACUGGCCAGAUGAUUCAGUCUUUCCUAAGCCUUUUGUUCAGAAGUACUGCUUAAUGGGAGUUCAAGAUAGCUACACAGAUUUCCAUAUUGAUUUUGGGGGCACUUCUGUCUGGUACCAUGUUCUGUGGGGUGAGAAGAUUUUCUACUUGAUCAAACCUACUGAUGAAAAUCUGGCAAUCUAUGAAUCUUGGAGUUCAUCUGUCACCCAGAGUGAAGUGUAUUUUGGAGAUAAAGUUGACAAGUGUUACAAAUGUGUUGUGAAGCAAGGGCAUACGUUGUUUGUUCCCACAGGCUGGAUUCAUGCUGUGCUCACUUCUCAGGACUGUAUGGCAUUUGGAGGAAACUUUUUGCACAACCUCAAUAUUGGCAUGCAGCUCAGGUGUUAUGAAAUGGAGAAAAGGCUAAAAACCCCAGAUCUUUUCAAAUUCCCUUUCUUUGAAGCCAUCUGUUGGUUUGUGGCCAAAAACUUACUGGAAACUUUGAAAGAGCUAAAAGAAGAUGGUUUUUACCCCCAAACCUUUUUAGUACAAGGAGUGAAAGCUUUACUUACUGCUUUAAAGAUAUGGAUGAAAAAAGAUCUUGUAACAGAACAUGCCUUUGAAAUUCCAGACAAUAUUAGGCCUGGACAGCUAAUUAAAGAGCUUUCUAAAGUGGUUCGUUCAGUAGAGGAAGAGAACAGCAAACCAGUUAAAACUCAGGGAAUUAUUGGUGCGUGCCAAAUUUCGCGGUCAUCAAAUGAAUCAGCCUUCACUCAUCAUUCCAGACAAAAAGCAAGGAAGCUACGGGACCAUGCAACCAAAACCCCUUCUAAUUUGGACAUCUUGGAGCUCCACACAAGAGAAGUUCUCAAAAGGCUAGAAAUGUCCCCAUGGGAAGAGGACACAGCAAAUGGUAAAUUGAAUGGAAGGUUUAACAAGCCUCUUCAGCCAUCUUCUACUGUUCCUGAAUGGAGAACGAAGGACAAUGAUUUACGGCUUUUGCUGUCAAAUGGAAGAAUAAUUAGGUUAUUUUAUGACAGAGACGAGAGGCAGCCCUUUAGAGAUCGAAGUCUUUACACUGCAGACAGUGAAGACGAGGAUGACAGAACGAAGUCAGAGAAGGAAAUAACAGUUAAGACAGAAGAGCAGAACUCCCAAGAAGCAGAUGGCAAUGUAGAUGCUCAGAAACCACUGAAUAUGUUCUUUGAAAGUGUGAAAUCAGAACUCAGGAAUGGAAACUCAGAAUACUCUGAUAUUUCUGAUUCAGAAGAAUCUGAGCCUGAUUGCACUAACCAGCAAAAAGAUUUCUCUUUUGAAGAGUCAGAAAGCUCAGGUGACAAGAAACAGGAAGUAACUUCAAAUUUUAGAGAGGAAUCUAAGCUAACAAACCACCUCUUUCACACCACACAGAAGCCAUCUAGACAUGAAAUGAUGACUAAAAGGGAAUGUCCUACCUCGACCAGUACGGAGGAAGAAGCUAUUCAGGGCAUGUUUUCUAUGGCAGGAUUGCACUAUACCAAUUGUUUACCAAGUCAUAUGCAGAGCACAGACUGCUCUGAUAGAAGAAGCUCUCUUCAGGAACACAGAAACUAUCCCAAAAGUAGGCAUAAAGACAAGCUGUCUUCCCAGAGUCAUAAAGCAGAAUAUGGUAAGCACAUAAAAGAAGAAAAAGAUGUAGGAGCUUCAACAUUAGCUACACCAUUGCAUGCAGUUUCUAAAGUAAACCCUCAGGAUACAAAUAAAACUCAGAAAUACUUUAAGAAGGAAGGUGCAUCUGAGGUCAGUUACAAAAUUCAAGAAGACAGGAGUAAUUUACAAAACAAUGGUUUGAACUUCCCCCAUGGCAAGUGUAUGCAGGAUUCGGCCUUGAUCGGAGGGGAAGGCAGACUAAGUGAUGGCAGCCUCAGUCCUGACAGGCCAUAUGGCGAAACAUCGUUGUCUGUACCUCUUCAUCCAACUAAGCGGCCAGCCUCAAAUCCACCCCCUAUCAGCAACCAGGCAACAAAAGGAAAGCGUCCAAAGAAAGGAAUGGCAACUGCUAAACAGCGUCUUGGGAAGAUUCUAAAGCUGAACCGAAAUGGCCAUGCACGCUUCUUUGUUUGAUGCAGUAGCUGCUACCACUGCUGCUGUCCAUUUUUAUGCACGGACCAUUAUGGAGGAUAACAGUGCCUGGAGCUUCUGUUUUAUUCCUCUGCUUGAGGCAGAAUGCAUGUACCUUAUUAGAACACUGCCUAAUGAACAAAAACUCAAUGCUGCAUUUUCACUGUGCCACACCUGCUCAGCAAUAACCAUUUGGGAAACGGGACUAUUCAGAGAGACUAUGGACUGGGAGAUGGUCUUUCUUCAGGGCUCAAUCAUUUUAUGGUUUCUGGUAGUGUCUGAGCUAAUUCAUGAACAGAAGAGUGUGAUGAAGGUGAUUAUCAAUAAUUUAUUUGUCAGAUUUUGGCAACUGUUGAAUUCAUUUUUAAACUAUUUAUUUGGAAAACAUUUUUGUGGGAGUUACGAUUUUUAUUCUAGAUGUUAAGAAUGUGAAGGUUUUUAUUUGUCCUUAAUGUAUGUCUUUCUUCAUUGGAGAGCCACAUGAAUGGUUUAUUUUGCAUUCAAACAUUUGAUAGACAGGUUAUAGUCUUAAACAUGGAUGUGAUGCAUUAAGUUAAGGCAUAUGGAAUCGCAUGUUAAUUUCCACUCUUUAUAUAAAACUGGCUUUUCUACUGACUUCUAAAGUACUUAUUCUUAGCCAGUUAACCUUUCUCUCUUCUCUCAUUCUUGCUCCCACCCCUUCUUCCUCUCACGUUUCACCAUUUAUUCUGGACUAUAAAUUGGUAUAACAUUAGCAAGAGCUCCUUCACAUGUAUGCCCUCCCCUUAUUUGUUUCCAUAUCAUGGAGAAUGAUCCAUGCAAAGCAUGGAUAGCUGUACACCAAGGGUAGCACUACAGCUAUUGAUUUAAGUGUAGACACUUAAAAUGCAUUUGGUGGAGGAAGACUAUUUGGCAAAGUAUUGCUUGUCUACACAUGCCAGCCAAUUCAACAUCUUAAGUUUUUGUGUAUAUGUAAAUAUGUUUGAUAGCUUGCUAAAUCUCAGAAUCACUAUUUUGUGUCAUGCUUUGCAAAGAUCCAGUAGUAAAUGCCAAUUCUGAAAUACAUGUAAAUAACUUUGAUGAUAAAUUUGUAUUUUUGUAAUAUAAAAUUGAAUAUUUAAGCUGUUUUUGGAGGAAAAGGGGAGAUACCUGUACUACUACUUUGGUAAGAGGGCUAGUCAGUACUAAAGUGGGAAUACUAGGGAUACUGCUUUGGAUUUUUUUCUUCUGCUGAUAAAAAGUUAAAGCAUGGCCAAAGCUA